ACAUAAUAUAAUUAUAAGGCUAUGGUAUAGAGGUUAAAUCAUUUUUGUGUUUAUAUAUCAUCAGGUUAAUUAAAAAUUAAAAAUUCAAUGCCAUCGAAUAGUAAUAAAGCUAUAAAGGAAGAAGUUCAUAAUAAUACUAAUAAUACUACUAAUAGUAAUAAUGAUGGUGUAGAUGAUACUAGUGAAUUUGCAUUAAAAUGGAGACAAAAUCGUGCAUGUGCUCGAUGUAGACGAUUGAAAAUGAAAUGUUCUUAUGAUGAUCCUCUGCAUAAGUCAUGUAAAAGAUGUUUUACUUAUGGAGUUGAAUGUUCAAUUGAUAAUGAUCCUACAGCCAAGUAUGCUAAGAAAAAGAAACGCAAAGUUACAACUGAAGUUUCAAGUUUAAUUAAUUCUUUAAUAAAUGAUUCACAAUCUUCAUUAAAUAAAUUACCAUCAGAUUUAUCUGAUUUUCCUCAAGAAGGUCUUCAAAGUUUACUUAAUAAUUAUAAAGCAAUUAUUUCAAAAAUAUCCGAUGCAAUUCCAGUAUCAAUUCCAAAUGAAUUAGAAUCAAUACCGUCAUCGAUAAAAUCAACAGAAUAUCCAUAUCCAUUUAUAUCAUUUCAAAAAAAUUUAAUAAAGGAACUUGUAGAAUAUUAUCAAUAUUUUACUAUAGAUGAAGCAAAAAUUAGAUUUGAUUUCUUUAUUCAUCAUAUGUUACCAUAUUUCCCAGCAGUUGCUUUAUCAAAUAAUCUUAAAGAUUUUCAAAAUUUAUAUGAUAAUUAUCCUUUACUUUUAAUAGCAUGUAUAUCAGUUACGGCUGUAAAUGAUAAUAAAUUAUCGAGUUCAAAAAUUUCUAAUUCAAAAUUAUAUGAAUUAUUAAAUCAUUAUUUAUAUAAUUUUAUUGCUUAUUAUGUUCAUGUUAAAUGUGAUGAUUUUUCAAUAGAUUUAAUUUAUGUUUGUUUAAUAUUAUCAUCUUGGUGUUUACCUCCUAAUAAAUUAGGACAUUUUAGAAAUCAAUUAAAUUCUUUAACAGCUUUUAAUAUUUCAUUAUGUAUUGAUUUAGGUGAAAUUUCAAAAUUUAAAGAUAAACAACAAUUAGAUGAUAUUUCUGAUCAAAGGAAUAGUUUAAGAGCUUUAUUAAGUGUAUAUUGUUGUUGUGGUUCUUUAGAAUUAUCUUUAAGAAGAUUUAAAUUAGUUACUUGGACAAAAAAUCAUGAAAUUGCUACAAGAUUAUUAAUGAAACCAGGAUUCGAAAAUUUACCUAGUUCAGAAGAUAAAUAUUUAUGUUAUUAUUCUAAAAUCAUAGCUACAGCUCAAGAAAUUUUAGAAUUUAUAUCUCCUAUUGGUAUAAAUAAUUCAUCAUUAAUUCCAAAGAUUAAAUAUGUAUUAAAUACCUAUGAAAGAAAAUUAGAUCAAAUUCUUGAUGAAAGUGGAUUUAUGAAAUCAAUUUCAAAAAAUCAAGAACCUAAAGAAAAAUAUGUUUUAUGUAUAAUGUAUUAUCAAUUACUUAUAAUUAUUUAUGAUAAUUUAAUUAGUGGAUUUCUUAAUGGUCAUGAAGUUCCUACUUCUAAACCAUUAUCAUUAUUUCAAAAUAAUGAAAGAGAAUUAUGUUUACAACAUAUAAUUAAAUUAAUUAAAAUUUGUGAAAAUUUAAUUGAUUUCUUUGUUAAAUUAAAUUCAGAACAAACUGUAAAUUAUCCAACAGUAUUAUAUUAUAGACCAAUGCAUGCAUUAAUAUUAUUGGUAAGAUUAAGGUUAGUAUUAAAAUCACAAAGAUUUCAAAGUAUGCAUGUAAAUAUUCUUGAAAUUGAUGUAGAAGAUUAUUUUAGUAAAGUAGCUGAAAUAAUUAUUGAGAAUGAAAAGACUUAUAAAUCUGAAGUUUGUGCUAAAAUGAAAAUUAUUCUUAAUAAGAUUGAACGAUGGAUGAAAGUUUCAAAUGCUUAUAAAAUUAGAGAUAAUGGUUCGAAUAAUGAUAUUAAUUUAGAUUUAGUCAAGUUAAUUAGUAUGAGUAAAGAUCAAGAGAUUGAAAGUUUAAGUAUGCCUAAAGAUUUUGAGGUAUCUACCAAAAGAAUCGAUAGUAUUUCACCAGCAGCUAAAGGUCAGACUCCUGUAACUAUUAUUAGUGCCGGCACUAAUUUAGGUCAAGGUUCUUCUGGUACUACCAAUGAUAAUAAUGAACCACCUGCAUUUGCAUUGGAGAAGAUCUUUCAAGAAAUUGAUGCAGAUAUUAUGCACUUUCUUAAUCCCUUAGAAUCGGAUUUCAAUUAUUUGACUGAGCUUAAUGGUGGAAAUUUUAAUUUACUUGGAAAUGGUAUGGAUAUUGUAGAUUCUUCUAAUAACUACUCUAAUAUAUAA